AUGGAAUCUUGGAACUCUGAUAUUAGGAAGGACAAGGACAGUACUGCUCCCGACAAUGAAGGCACUGAGUUUAUCAUUGCGUACAUGGAAAACAUUGCUGUUGAUUAUGAAAUAGAAUUAUUCAUCACCACUACGAGAACGAGUACGGUGAAUGUCCAGGUAACGGCACCAAAAUAUUCUUCUUCAAUCAAUGAACAGUUUACAGUUACUGCGGGAACAGUAAGACAGUUGUUCUUUAACCCUAGUCUCCGUAUGUCGGGUUCUAGUUCUUCAAGCAAAGGUAUUCUUGUAUCAGCUAGUGAUGAAGUUGUUAUUUACGGUGUAAAUAAGGAGAAAUUUUCGAAUGACGCAUUUCUUGGAGUUCCAACGGAUGUUUUAGGUACGGAGUAUUACGCCGUCACGUGGUACCCAGCAUCUCAACAGUGUGAACUAGCGGUUGCAGGUGUCAUCGAUAACACUGUUGUGUCAUUUACCUUUCCAGCUAGUAUGAGUAGUUCAGUUACUUAUGAUGGAGUGAGCUAUUCAGGAGGAAGCACACUAACCGCUACAAUAAACCAGUUUGACACUAUACAGGUGGUAAACAGUAAUGGAGAUUUGACAGGCACGUAUAUACACUCCGAUAAAAAGAUAGCUGCUUUUAGUGGAAACAAGAAAACAACAAUUGGAACUGGGGGUAGUUCGGACCACCUCGUAGAACAGCUUACACCAGUAAGCACAUGGGGAAAGAAUUUCGUUACUGUCCCAAUACCACUGAGGACAACAGGAGACUAUUUCAAGUACAUCGCUAAUGAAGCAGGAACAACCGUGACAAUUUCUGGUGGAUUUAGUGAAACGUUUACAUUAGCUAACGCCGGUGACUUUGAGGAAAGACUUAUUCCGUCUACUGCUUAUUGUUAUGUGACAGCUGACAAAGCUAUUAAAGUUGUCCAAUUCUGUCUUAGUCAACAAUCCAGUAACGAAUUAUCCGAUCCAAUGAUGAUGAUUAUUCCUCCUGUUGAACAGUAUGGUGCCGAUUACACGUUUGCUACUCCAAGGUAUUCACAGGGUUCAUAUAAUAACUACUUUAUGUUUGUUGUAAAAAAAGCAGAAAAGGACGGACUACUAGUAGACGGAGCAGCAUUUUCCUCAGCCACAAUUUACAAUGAUAUCAGUGUUGGCGGAACAGAGUACGUUGCUGGUUAUAUUUCUGUAUCAGAUGGUUCACACACAAUUCGCCACCAGUCUACAAUCUCAAUUUUUGGAGGAUACUUAUAUGGACAGGCAAAUUAUGAAACAUACGGAUUUACGACUGGUAUGAGACUGGCACCCAUAAAUACGGUUUGCGUACCAACAACAAAUGUUAUGGGUGAUGGUUACGACAAUGACUGUGACGGACUAAUCGAUGAGGAAAUAUGCAAUAACGGAGCAGAUGAUGAUGGCGAUGGUGUUGAUGACGAAGACUGUGCUAAACCAUCACCAAUUGAUGGAAACUGGGCAGCGUGGAGUGCUUAUGGUGCAUGCUCAGUUACAUGUAACCCGAGUGGAUCAAAUACAAAUGGACAACAAGCCAGAACAAGGAACUGUUCUGAUCCCGAACCUCAGUGGGGAGGAUUACAAUGUGCGGGUUCUGACACUGAAUCACAGUCAUGCGUUGCUUCUAUAACUUGUCCAAUUGAUGGUAUCUGGUCUGACUGGAGUACAUGGGGAGCUUGUUCUGUUACCUGUGAAAGUGGUGUAGAAAUGCGUAACAGAUCUUGUACAAAUCCAGCCCCUCAGUAUGGUGGUCAGGACUGUCAAGGUUCCGACUCAGAUUCUCAGACAUGUACACUGUCGAUGUGUCCAAUUGAUGGUAAUUACACUGAUUGGAGUUCAUGGAGUGUUUGUACGGUUUCAUGUGGUGGGGGCACGCAAGACAGAACAAGAAGUUGUACUAACCCGGUUCAACAAUACGGUGGCACCGAUUGUUCUCAGAUUGGCAGUGAUUAUGAGCAACAAACCUGUAAUACACAAGUUUGUAUAAUUGAUGGAGCCUGGUCGCAGUGGGGUAGCUUCGGUCAGUGUUCAGUGACUUGUGGAGGUGGACAAUAUACAAGAUCUAGAACUUGCUCUGAUCCUUAUCCACAAAAUGGUGGAUUGCCAUGUUCAGGAGAUUCCAGCGAAUAUGAUAAUUGCAAUACACAGGCAUGCCCAACGGCAUCAUCUGGACAGUAUGUACAGAUGUGUCCUUCUGGCUGGUUUACCUGUGCCACUGGUUCCUCUAACUGUAUCGAGGAUAGUUUUAAAUGUGAUUGUACAGAUGACUGUGGUGAUGCAAGUGAUGAAACUGAGAAUUACGCUGGGUGUACUCCUCAGCAUCUCGCCGCCUGUAUAGCUAAAAGUGCUUCUACACGCCUCAUAGCUUCACUCGUCAGCUUUCUAGUAGCAGCCAUGAUAUGUGUUAUUAUGAAGAAUCAGCAUUAGUGUUUCACUCGAAUAUACCAUUAGUAAUCCAAAGCUUCACUCGUCAGCUUUUUAGUAGCCACGCUCGAAUGUGUUAUAAGAAAAUACACAAUUAGUAAUCCAAAGCUUCACUCGUCAGCUUUUUAGCAGCCACGCUCGAAUGUGUUAUAAGAAAAUACGCCAUUAGUAAUCCAAAGCUUCACACGUCAGCUUUUUAGUAGCCACGCUCGAAUGUGUUAUAAGAAAAUACACCAUUAGUAAUCCAAAGCUUCACUCGUCAGCAUUUUAGCAGCAACGCUUGCAUGUGUUAUAAGAAAAGACACCAUUAGUAAUCCAAAGCUUCACCCGUCAGCUUUUUAGCAGCCACUCUCGCAAGUGUUAUAAGAAAAGACACCAUUAGUAAUCCACAGCUUCACUCGUUAGCUUUUUAGUAGCCACCAUCAUAUGUGUUAUUAUAACAAAUCGUCUAAACCUGUCAACAAAAUGCGUCAAUAUUAAUUUAGAAUUUUUCUUUCAAUUUUACUCUUUUAGAGUACUUACUUUUGAUAUUAAAUAUUCUUUCUGUACACAAACAAAGAUUUUUAAUGAGGAAUCAAAUUUUGAGUAAGUCUAUUAAAAAUGAAUGCUUUUUCCUCGAGAUUGUUGUCUGC